UAGAGGAAAAUCGGAUCUCUAUCACACUGAACAAACUGCGCGUGACUAUGAAGAAAAUUAGCAGCAAGAUUCACUCUCGGUUCGGUUUUAGAGCAGGGUUACGAGAGUUUGAAGAACAACUAAAAUCGGACGAAAUUGACUUCAAAAACUUGCGGAAGUUGUGUUUUGCGGGUUGCCCUUAUGAGUCUGGAAGUGGAAUUCGCUCAGUAUGCUGGAAGAUUCUCCUGAAUUAUCUGCCCCUGAAGAAAGGAGGCUGGCCAGAUUUCUUGAAGAAACAAAGAGCCCUGUACAGGCAGUUUGUGCAGGAGAUGAUCAUUGACCCGGGCGUGAAGGCCAACGCUGGAGUUCAUGAGGACCAUCCUCUCAACCCGAACCCUGACAGUUCCUGGCAGGCCAUCUUCAAGGACAACGACAUGCUGGUGCAGAUUGACAAGGACUGCAGACGCCUGUGCCCGGAUUUGUUCUUCUUCCAGCGAGCGACGGAGUACCCCCACGAGGGCAUUGUUAACUGUGACUCUAACAUCGAGACACUGCGUAAGAGAGUUGAACAGUGUGUGCUGCACUCCGAAACUGUCUCCAGGAACAGGCUUGGCAUCACAAACAUGAUGUCGAGUCGGAGGAAGGCGAGCGAGGAGUAUGCGGCACUGCCGGAGGGCCAGGAGGCGCACUGGGAGGUGGUGGAGAGGAUCCUCUUCAUAUAUGCAAAACUAAACCCCGGACUGAAAUAUGUGCAGGGCAUGAAUGAAAUACUUGGGCCAAUCUACUACACGUUUGCUUCUGAUCCUGAUGUUGAUUGUCGAGAAUAUGCUGAGGCGGACUCCUUCUUUUGUUUCACAAAUCUGAUGGCUGAGAUUCGGGACAACUUCAUUAAGACACUGGAUGACUCUCAGUGUGGGAUAGGAAACUUGAUGACAAAGCUGUACGACUACCUGCAGGUCAAGGACCCUGCUUUGUGGCACCUGCUGAAGGAACAAGAUCUUAAACCCCAGUACUACGCCUUCCGCUGGCUCACCCUACUGCUGUCUCAGGAGUUCCCCCUUCCAGAUGUGUUACGGAUAUGGGACUCUCUAUUUGCUGAUGCCAGUCGCUUUGAAUUCCUCAUCCACGUAUCCUGUGCAAUGCUAAUGCUCCUCAGGGAAGAUUUACUAAAGGGUGAUUUUCCCCACAACAUGAAACUACUUCAGAAUUUCCCACCUUCUAUUGAUGUGCAGACAGUAUUAGCGAAGGCCGUUGAAGUCAAAGAUCGACACCAGGGCUUGUGACACUCACAGAGAUGAUUGACACAGCUCAGCAUUUUCUUCAACUUGUCAACAAAUAAACCAACUAUCGUUGUCCCCACAAGACUAAUACCUUACCAGCCACACCACAGAAAAUACCCUCAACAGCUGGAGUCUCUGGUACAGCCACCCUCAACAGCUGGAGCCUCUCCCUGGUACAGUCACCCUCAACAGCUUGAGUCUCUCCCUGGUACAGCCACCCUCAACAGCUGGAGUCUCUCCCUGGUACAGUCACCCUCAACAGCUGGAGUCUCUCCCUGGUACACCAGUGCUACAUACACCCUCAACAGCUGGAGUCUCUCCCUGGUACAGUCACCCUCAACAGCUGGAGUCUCUCCCUGGUACAGCCACCCUCAACAGCUGGAGCCUCUCCCUGGUACAGUCACCCUCAACAGCUGGAGUCUCUCCCUGGUACAGUCACCCUCAACAGCUGGAGUCUCUCCCUGAUACAGUCACCCUCAACAGCUGGAGUCUCUCCCUGGUACAGUCACCCGCAACAGCUGGAGUCUCUCCCUGGUACAGCCACCCGCAACAGCUGGAGUCUCUCCCUGGUACAGUCACCCUCAACAGCUGGAGCCUCUCCCUGAUACAGUCACCCUCAACAGCUGGAGUCUCUCCCUGGUACAGUCACCCGCAACAGCUGGAGUCUCUCCCUGGUACAGCCACCCGCAACAGCUGGAGCCUCUCCCUGGUACAGUCACCCUCAACAGCUGGAGUCUCUCCCUGGUACAGUCACCCUCAACAGCUGGAGUCUCUCCCUGAUACAGCCACCCUCAACAGCUGGAGUCUCUCCCUGAUACAUACACCCUCAACAGCUGGAGUCUCUAGUACACCAGUGCUACAGCCACCCUCAACAGCUGGAGUCUCUCCCUGGUACAGUCACCCUCAACAGCUGGAGUCUCUCCCUGAUACAGCCACCCUCAACAGCUGGAGUCUCUAGUACACCAGUGCUUCAGUCACCCUCAACAGCUGGAGUCUCUCUCUGGUACAGCCACCCUUAACAGCUGUAGUCUCUCUCUGGUACACCAGUGCUUCAGUCACCAUUAAGCCUCUGUGUAAAUGUGAGCGUACACUACAGUGUUUCCAUGUAUCACCAUCUGUCUUUCCUGUGCAACAUUGUGUGUGGACAUUUGACAGGGGAGCUUAUUGAGAUGAAAAUGAUGCUUUCCUUGCAACCAAUUUCAAUUACCUUGUAUCUUUCUAUUUUCAUUAACAAGCCUUUUGAUCAAAUAGCUAUGUUGGUAAAUAUCAAGAUAAAUACUUACUAGUUCUACAUGUACAUUAUUAGAUUUCUUGAGUGAUUGAGCAGAUCGCCACUGCACAUAUUUGCACAGCCCAUGAAUCAUGCAGUUGAAACACUACCUGUCCCCAGCUGAGGAAAUUUUGUAAACGCUAGUGUUCUUCCCAUAAUUUCAUGUUAAAUAUAGCAUUUUCCAAAAGCAACUGUUGGCUAGUGGGAUUCAGCACUACAAUAUGGGUCACAUGUACACACCUCCAUUAGUCGACCUGAGGCUACCUUGAGUCUUCCUGAGGCUACCUUGAGUCUACCUGAGGAUACCUUGAAUCUACCUGAGGCUACCUUUUGUCUACCUGAGGCUACCUUGAGACUACCUGAGGAUACCUUGAGUCUACCUGUGGAUACCUUGAGUCUACCUGAGGCUACCUUGAGUCUACCUGAGGAUACCUUGAGUCUACCUGAGGCUACCUUGAGUCUACCUGAGGAUACCUUGAGUCUACCUGAGGAUACCUUGAGGCUACCUUGAGUCUACCUGAGGAUACCUUGAGUCUACCUGAGGAUACCUUGAGUCUACCUGAGGAUACCUGGAGUCUACCUGAGGAUACCUUGAGUCUACCUGAGGAUACCUCGAGUCUACCUGAGGAUCCCUUGAGUCUAGCUGAGGAUGCCUUGAGUCUACCUGAGGAUACCUUGAGGCAUCCUGAGGAUACCUUGAGGCAUCCUGAGGAUACCUUGAGGCUCAGGGUUGUGGUUUUGGGGGAGAAGGUUAGGGUGUGUGGUUGUUUUCCCUUUAGCACAAUGAGUAUCGGACAUUACAACAAAUUUAGUUUGAGUACAAGGAUGAAACUUUCAAGCCUGACAACCAGGGCAUACUUCUCCAGCUGAUCAUGUAUCACUGGAUAUUGGGUCACACGAGGAAGAUGGAGACCAUGUUCAGCUUGUUUCAAAAGAAUGAGUCUGUCACAUUAUUUGUCUACAGGCUGCAAUAUUGUGUACAUGUACUACUCAAAAACAGGUUAACUAUAGUAAUAUGAAAGCAUUCCAUGUUCUUUCAGUAUUUAUAAUAGUAUUAAUAUAAAUAUAUACAAGAGGGCAUGUGCCCAUCUCAUUUCUGGUCACUUCGAAUGCCUCUGGGAUAUGUGUUGAUUCUGAUAACCUGAUAUUAUGAAGCUUGAUGGUAUUAACUGAUGGUAUGGUUUUAGUACUGUUGAGUGAAUUGCAGCCAUGGAGAUUAUCUACAUGUCUCAUGAUUGAACUGUGUAUUGUUUCCAAGGUGACCUCAAGCCUAAGGCUGGGACGAGUCCAAAUUGACUACCCGGGUACCCUACCCCCUAUUUCCCAACCCUACCCGGGUACCCGCUGUCUCAAGAGAUAGGUACAAAAUGUCUGAUUGCGAAACGUGUGACCGUACUCCUGGCAACAUGUAUUUAGAUACAGGUUUAAAAUGAGCUGGCCAUGCAUACACUGAAGUUGACUGAAGUUUUAUCUUUGUGAAAACAUAUAAAGUCAGAAGGAAUGCGUGCAGAGUUUUAGAUCAUGUGACCUACCAUGGGUCUGGGUAGUCCUGUGGGUACCCGGGUCCUACUCAGUACCCACCCGACCCGAGUACCCGAGCUACCCGUCCCAGCCCUACUCAAGCCUCACCUUUUGGGAAUGACUACAAACAUUUACAGCAAAAGAUGACUCAACCAGGAUUCCUUAAUCUGGAAGUUUAUUAAUCCGGACCACUUCACUAAGAACAGUACCAUCCAGAUUAACAGGUUUGCUGACAUAACACUAUAGUGCAGAUACCCAUCUGUUCGGAAAUGAGAUGUCACGAUAAUGUAGUUCAAGUUGAUAAGAUUGUUCUGUAUUUUAUAUCAGAGAGACUAGCCCUCAAGUUGUAGACUAACAUCAUUGCCGGUGAUUAAUGUUUUUAUAAUUUCUGUUGUCAAAGAAGGCCAAAAAACUACUGUUAUAAUUGUGUUUUUGUGGAUAAAGUAUUGAAGCCAUUUUUUGUCCCCAAUGUGAUAUGACGGCAAUACUUGUUUUAAACAGAGGUGUAAAACUAUAGGUUAAGGAGUGGUAACACAAUAUGAUGUGUGAAGAUGGUUGUCCAGUUUUGUCUGAACAUGAUGCCAAUACACAACAGUUCAGAUCUCCAGUGAGUGUAAACAUUAACCUACAACAUCGCUCCUGCACCCUCCGUACAUACCUCACAUCAUGGGCAUAAACAUUUGCACAAUUUGCAUGAAUUAUUGAAUAUCAACUGUCAGGAUAUUUUAUUAUUUUAAAUGUUUUUCGUAUGGUGUGGACUUAUAUUUUCCAGUUUCAAGUCGAUACGUGAACAUCCGGGGUAGAAUAGGUCUUCAGCACCCCAUGCUAUGAGUAAGAGGUGACUAUGCUUGUCGUAAGAGGCCACUCAUGGGAUCGGGCUUAUGGUACUAUGGGGGAUGGAUGGCUUUGAUUGCACAAAAUGAACUCAUAUUGGAGUCUUCGAAUAGCUUUGUCCAAUUGGAUGGUCAAGCAUUGUUGCUGCCUGCAGAUAUUUGAUGUAUGUGCAAUAGUAUUUGGCUUAGUUGUCGUCCUGUACUGCAGAAUAGCCACAUGACCUUGGGACCUCGUACUUGCUCACUAGGUUGACCGACAAUUUUUUUGAAAACUGUUGAUUGCCAUAAAAGGCGACUUUCCGUGUCAUAAGAGGUGAUAAACAGGAUCAGGUGGUCAGGCUCGCUGACUUGGUUGAAUGCAUGUCAUCGAUCCCAAUUGCGUGGAUAGAUGCUCAUGACAUGAAUCACAGGAUUGUCUGGUCUAGACUUGAUUAUUUACAGACCACCGCCAUAUAGCUGGAAUAUUGCUGAGUUCGGCUUUAAACAACAAACGAAUGAACGAAUGAAGGAAAACUGUCGAAUGUUGAAAUAAGAAUAGAAAUUAAAGUGUGCAAUAUUUGUUUAGUAUAUUUCAAUGAAAAACAACUAUACAGGAUCUGUAUUUGAAGUAAGAGCAGUAGUUUUUUUCUACUAAUGAUUUUGAGUUUUCUACAUUGGAAAGAUACUCGCAAAACCCAACUAAUAUUAGCAAUUUGUGUAAAUGAUAAAUGAUGACUGAUGGGGAAUAGUUAAAUAGUUUGUGUGUGAACUGUCGAAAUCUACUUGUCACGAUAUGAAGGCUACUUCUUCAAAUUACUUUUAUCACAAUAUAUUUCAGCUUGUGUACAGAGUUCUUUCAGGGCAUUCUGACCACGCCAGGGACAUGGGGAAAAUCUUGAUUAUAUUUGAUAUAUUAUUAUUUAGAUUUUCUUGGAGAUUAAUGUUGGAAUGUGGGGCUUCUGCUAGUGCAGUGUGGUAAGCUGGGCAUGGUAUGUUUUCACCACUGCAGUACUGUAUUCGGUGCUGUUGAGUUGAGUCAGUGAGUCUUAUCACAGGUGAAAUAUUGUGAUGUGAAUUGGAUUCUGCUUUUAGUUUUAUGACCAUGGAAAAGGUUUAGUCACAUGUAUUUUACAGUUGUAUGGAAAGUUUUGAGGAAAAAAUCAAUUGACUUCAAAUGUGUGCUGGAUGAACAAUACGGUUAUACAUUUUAGAAUCCUGAAAUAUGGAUGUUCAGUUCAUUUGUCUACACCAUUGCUAGUCUUUCUAUACUGCUUCCCAGUUGUUGAGAGUGCAUGGACACCGAUUGGUUUACAGUGUGAUAGCAGGUGCUUGUCGAGCCCCCUGUGGUGGAAACGGAUACACGGUUUAAAGUAGACGCUGAUAGAUCUUGGGUUUUCAAGGGAUUGCCAACAUCAGUUGCCUUGUAUGAUUUUAAUUCAACGAAUUGGGUGCCAGAGGUCAGUAUGAGUGCAAUAUCCACAAAUUAUUUCAACAUUUCACUAUUGGGCUAUUUGUAUGCAUGCUGUGUUAGAGUGGUCUCCCUUGGAUGUCUCAGGAUGUGUUGAUUGUCUAUUCAGCACCUGAUUCUCCUAUAUUAUUGUCCUUUGUCCAUUGUCACCAUUCCCUUGCUUGUGGGAUUCACCAAAGUAGUAAAGGUCUGCAUCACUUUGGGCUUUCUUCCACCAUUCUGCUUAAGCUGUGAUAUAACUGGAAUACCCUCUGUUUAGAGUAGUGCUAAGACCUACUCACUUGAAAGGCUUGAGUCCUUGAAGAUGAACUUGAGUACCUGACCAGGGGAAAUAACUCACAUCUUUUCUUUGAAUCAGUGUCUGGACAUAGUUUGAAUUCGAUGAUGCUUAGAACAACUUAGUCAAAAUGUCGAUUAUUUGGCAUAUUACAGUGGAAUUCGGGUCCUUAAAUUGGCACAAGUUUUGUGAAGUUGUACAUUGUUGGAGAUAUUACGUGUGAAGAAGAGUGUUUUCAAUACCAUGCAGACAAUGCCUUCCUUCUGUAAACCUUGUCAUGGAAUUGAAAUUAAUUGUUUGAUUAUUAUUUGAGUUUUCCAUAUGUUUACUUUUUGUUUAGACAUGUUUCUUUAAGCAUACCCACAUACUUUAUGUUUUGUGUAUAACAUAUCAAUCAUUCCACUACGAUAGAUGAUUAUUAUUAUUAUUAUUAUUAUUAUUAUGCUGUAUUCGCCUUAACAAGCAUCUUUGUUUUUAGAGAUUGAGCAGUAUUGUUUGUUUGUUUUUUGUUUAACGCCGCACUCAGCAAUAUUCCAGCUUUAUGAUGGCGGUCUGUUAAUAAUCAAGUCUGGACCAGACAAUCCAGUGAUUGACAUGAGCAUCGAUCCACACAAUUAGGAUACGAUGACAUGCAUCAAGUGAUCAAACUAAGUUCAAACGUUGAUGAAAUAUUUUUUUAUCACAGCUACGAGGCAAUUAUUUACCCCUAGUAUGCUGCUGUUCUCAGUGAAAGAAUAUUUUAUUUACACAAAAACUGUCUGUCACAUGACCUUUUGGUCAUGGUAGGGAGCGCUUCUAAAGAUUAUGUACAGCUAAAUCAAGAAGGUCGGGGGUGCUUAUUGAAGCUGGGUACUUAUUAAGGCGAAUAUAGUAUUCAGUUUUCUCAAAGUGAUGUACUCUUUGUUUACAGAUACUUUAUUGCAUAUAUUCCAUAUCUGUGACCGUUAUGUUCAAUGUAGGUCUGGAAUGUCAAUAGAAAUGUCUAUAUUCCAUAUUAUUUCUCUAUCAUUACAUAUUCCUAUCUUGGAAUCUGCCAGCAAGGGAACCAGUAACCCUGUGAGCGCGACCCUUUUAGUGGGGGUAGCCUAGUGGUAAAAGCGUCGGCUCAUCACGCCCAAGACCUGGUUCGAUUCCUUUCAUGGAUCAAACAAAGCCCAUUGUUGGUGUCCCCAGCAUCGUAUGGCUGGAAUAUUUGAACUGUGUAAAACAAUAUAUAGAAUUGUGAAACAAUACUUAAGGAUACUGACAGGGUAAAAAGUGGUUGAUAUUAACUAUAAGUUCUUGUGACUAUGUUUGGAGGCAGCACUGUGAGGAUUAUGUGAUUGGUGAUGAUGUGCAGUGCCGGCCAGCUCUUAUAUGAGGGUCAUAAUGGGUGUGACUAUCUUGUGUCAAUGACUUUAUAUCAUUAUUGUAAGUGUAAGUCUAAGUUUGUUAGAACAUACAUAGAACAAUAUAUAUAGAAUAUUAAAUAUACAUAGAACAAUGAAAUACUGCUUAGUGGUAACAAAAAUGUUACAUGGAAUGGGGAGGAGUCAGCAGAAUGAUACAGUACUAAGACCAAUCUCACCCCCCACCCCACCCCCAC